AUGAGUCGUGGUGAUCGGUUGUUCAAGCCAAGUAAUCGUAAAGAAGCUAUCCUGAUGACUGACCAGUAUUGUGGAUGUCAUGAACACCAAGUUGCAUUCGUGGCUAAGGUCAGCCUGGCUGAGCUGGAUGAAAAAAGAAAACAAACUCUGUCCAAGUUGAAUAACACUACAGGUCGCAUUUGUUCUCUGUGGUUUUUUCAAACUUCACUGAAAAAACUCCUUGAAAAGACACCCCAGAAUAGAAAAAAGAAUACCUGUGGAUUUUCAUCUCUCUCUCUACAUGCAAGUAGCUUCACACCAAACACCUGGCAUUCUCCAGUUCAGGUCAAAGAUACUCCUUUACAAGUGUUUACUCCACAAAUAGAUGACUUGACAUUUGAUGACUUACAAACCAAUACCUGCCUUGAUUUUUCACCUGCCAACCCAACUUAUGACUCAGCACCUAAAAUCACACAAAGGCAAUUCAUUUUCCAACAGAAUGCCUCUACAUCAAGGGUACUGCCCAAGUUAGGUAUCAGUCUUGAUGAUUCCCAAUUUUCUUGGACAAGUUCUUUGGCCACACCGCCAACUUACACAGCAGAAGGUGCUUUGCUGGAUAAAGAUGAGACUGAAUUGCAGGAACAAAUGACUAAAUCAAAGACCUUGGCUCGUGCCUUGUUCUCUCCUGAUAAAGAACAGUCCAUACAAGAUAUGAAUGUUCUGAAAAGUGCAGUCAAACCUAAUAUAACAAUCUCUACACAACAAGACAACCAGGAAGUGUACUCCAAGAAAUCCAUUGAACAAGAUCUUGAAUCAGAUACAAGUUCUUUGGUUCAUAAAGAUGCAGAAUUAUGUAACAAGUUUUCUGAUGUUCACUCAAUAACUGACAAACAGCAUGAAGGAAUUCUUGAAAGCUGUUCUCAAUUUGAAAUAGCAGUAGAUUCUGUCACCAAUUCAAUUCCUGUAGAAUCUACAGCAAAAGGAAAGCAGAUCAAUGUGAAAGAAGAAAGCCUGAAAAGGGCUCAAAACCUUCUUAGUGAUGAAUCACACCAGGCUCAGUCCUGUGGAGGCUUUUCAACUGCAAAAGGAAAGCAGAUCAAUGUGAAAGAAGAAAGCCUGAAAAGGGCUCAAAACCUUCUUAGUGAUGAAUCAAUACAGGCUCAGUCCUGUGGAGGCUUUUCAACAGCAAAAGGAAAGCAGAUCAAUGUGAAAGAAGAAAACCUGAAGAAGGCUCAAAACCUUCUCAGUGAUGAAUCAAUCCAGGCUCAGUCCUGUGGAGGCUUUUCAACUGCAAAAGGAAAGCAGAUCAAUGUAAAAGAAGAAAGCCUGAAAAGGGCUCAAAACCUUCUUAGUGAUGAAUCAAUCCAGGCUCAGUCCUGUGGAGGCUUUUCAACUGCAAAUGGAAAGCAGAUCAAUAUGAAAGAAGAAAGCCUGAAGAAGGCUCAAAACCUUCUCAGUGAUGAAUCAAUCCAGGCUCAGUCCUGUGGAGGCUUUUCAACUUCAAAUGGAAAGCAGAUCAAUGUGAAAGAAGAAAGCCUGAAAAGGCCUCAAAACCUUCUCAGUGAUGAAUCAAUCCAGGCUCAGUCCUGUGGAGGCUUUUCAACUGCAAAAGGAAAGCAGAUCAAUGUGAAAGAAGAAAACCUGAAGAAGGCUCAAAACCUUCUCAGUGAUGAAUCAAUCCAGGCUCAGUCCUGUGGAGGCUUUUCAACUUCAAAUGGAAAGCUGAUCAAUGUGAAAGAAGAAAGCCUGAAAAGGCCUCAAAACCUUCUCAGUGAUGAAUCGAUCCAGGCUCAGUCCUGUGGAGGCUUUUCAACUGCAAAUGGAAAGCAGAUCAAUGUGAAAGAAGAAAGCCUGAAGAAGGCUCAAAAUCUUCUCAGUGAUGAAUCGGUUAUUUCAUCUUUGACUGCCCUUGGUAAAGAUGUCGCUAUCUCUGAGAAAUCAGUGAAUAAAGUCAGGCAAAUUUUUGAUGCAGAAAACGAAGAAAAACCAGCUUGUUCUAAUGCAAAAUAUCAACGAAAGGAAACACCCUUUCUUGGAGCAGCUAUCAACCACAAGCCAGAGGACUGGGUAUAUAUAAAUCCCCAGUUGGACACUAAUGAAAAUUCAAUCCCCUCUACAUUCAAAAAUUUACAACAUGAAACAAACAAAAUCCAUUUACUUUCCCAGAAAAACAAUUCCAUAUCUUGGCAACCUAGCAUGUCAACACCAGAAUCAGAUCGCCCAGGAAUCUUCCCAUUAUUUACUGAUCCUGUGGAAAUUCAUUCAGACCAAAAGUUCGCAUCUAAAAAGCAUUCUUUUUCUGACCUUGUUUCAUGGAACCUAUUAGAUACUGAACAGAGUGUUCAAGGAAAGACAGUUGGGAAAAAUAAGCAAGAUGCCACCUCAAAAAAGGUUGACUUUAAGACACCAUAUUGUAAAACUCCAAGGAAAAGGAUUUUGCCUCAAAAUGGCAUUCUUACUUGCCGAAAGGCAUCAAGAAAACAGAUAAAAUUUUCUUACUUACUUGAAGGCAUCAAAAUGCCUUCAUUCCUGCCAGAACAGCUCAUUGCCUAUGGCAUUCAUCCAAACACUUUGGCAGUCACCUCUACAAAUGCUGCUAACUUUAGAUUUCAGUUGUCUACUUUCUACAAUGUCAACUGUCUUCACAGAAUUAUUGUUGGAGAUGGUGCCAUUCUUGUUCCAGACAGUAAAUCUACAGCAGGCAAGGAAGAAUUCUUCAGAGCCUUCCAGACAAUUGGAGGGGUUGACCCUAAGCUCAUCACUCCUCAGUGGCUGUUUAACCAUUAUCGCUGGAUUAUUUGGAAACUGGCGGCCUAUGAAGUCAGCCUACCUCACUACUUUGGGGGAAGAUGUUUGAACCCAGAAAUGGUGGCUCUGCAGUUGAAGUUCCGAUACGACCUUGAGAUUGACAAAUGUCAGAGGCCUGCUCUGAGAAGGAUAAUUGAGAGAGACGACUCCCCUGCCAAGCGGUUGGUCCUUUGUGUGUCUCAUUUAAAUCCAGAAUUAAAUGUGUCUACUGCACCGACAACUACAUCUCAACUACUUAAAAGCAUUGAAGUUACUGAUGGAUGGUAUUCAACAAAAUUAUUUCUUGACUGCCAUCUUUCUUUCCUUAUAUCAAAAGGGAAGCUAAAAAUUGGCCAGAAAUUGUGCAUAUCCAAUGCAGAAAUUGUUGGCAGUGACACAGCCUGCAGCCCCCUUGAGAGCCCAGAUAGUGUCGGUUUGAAAGUGUCUGGUAAUUGCUGUCGUCCUGCACAAUGGGAUGCUAAAUUGGGAUUUCAGGAUGACCCUCGACCUUUGUGCCUGUCUAUCAUUCAUAUUGCUGCAGAUGGAGGACUGGUUGGUUGUAUAGAUGUCAUUGUGACCAGAAUCUACCCUAUCAGAUAUAUGGAGAAAGUUCCCGGUGGUGGAAGUGUCUUCCGGUCAAGUCGAGCUGAAAGCAAACAAGAACAAAGACAUGAAGUGUUGCAACAGGAAGCAGUGGAAAAACUCUACAAUAAAUUGCAGGCUUCUUUUGAAUCCUGCUUUCCUAAACAAGGUUCAAAACAGUGUAAGAACUGGAGCCAAGAAGAAAUCCAACAACUGGACAAUGGUCAAGACCUUUAUGAAGCCAUGAUGUAUGCAUUACAACCUGAUACGUUCCUUGAUUGCCUUUCAGAAUUGCAGUUGGUUAUGCUGGCUGAUUACAAAAGAUUGGCUGAAGAAUUAAAAGCUCAGAAAAUGAAGGAAGAAUUCCAGAACGCCAUUUCCAAUGACAAACAUGCCAGUCUGAAGAGAAAUGUCACUCCUGUAAUGAAAGUAAGACUUGUUGGUUGCAGCCAUAUUGAUCAACAACAAAAGGCCAGCACCAUUUUGACAAUCUGGAGACCUUCUGAAGACCUGCAACAGUUGCUUGAGGAAGGUCAGCGCUACCGUAUUUAUAAUGUCAUGCCAUCACCUGCCAGGUUUUCUUACCUCUCUGGCCUUCAAGUUCACCUUACUGUUACUCGUUCAACCUAUUUUGAAUCUCUUAAAACACAUCCCAGCAUUCCUCAAGAUCUCUUUCAUCCACGAAAGAUUUCAUCUGCUGUUGAGCUGCAAACAAAAUCUGUUCAAGAAGACCAUUCUGAAGUAGAUGUGACUGGAAUUGUACUAAAAAUAACCAAAUCAAUCGGUGCUAACCAAAGAAAAAUGGAACUGCUUUAUGCUGUCGACAUAGAAGGGAAUAUUUUCACAUUACGCUUUUGGGGUGGCUUGCAGAUUUUCUCUGUAAAUGAUUUUCUCUUGGAAGGCAUGGUCUUUGCUGGCCUAAACCUUCUGCUACAACACCAAACUUCUCACAGAGGCACUUCCAUUGCAAUACUGGAUGCCUGCAGUGAAGUGUCCCACUUCAGUUUGAAUCCUCACCAGGAACAUUUGAGAGAUUCCAUCAACCAACUUAACAAACUCAAGGCCAUACAAGAAUUUCUAGUGAAAUCCAAAGAGAAACUGGAUUCACUCUUAGCAGAAGAAAACUUCUCUCUCAUUUUACCCAAGACACCAUCCACCACUGAUGUGUGCUCAAAUAGUCUGACUGUACACAGAUCUGAUGAAGCCAGAAAAAUGCAAAGGAUGCUCCAACAAAACAAAUGUGCCAAGCUGCUGACCUAUGAAAGUGGCCCAAGUUUAUCACCAUUGUCACUCCAAGUGCCUUCAACUGUACGCAAAGCAUUUAAACCCCCCUCUAUAACAAAGUUAAAAAACUGA